UUGCACAAUAAACACAGGGCGCCUCGCCUCGCCUGCGAGUUUGUUGAUUUUUUUUUCUUCCUGUAACCGGUUCCGUUUGCCAGCUGCCCCUCGCUGAAGACGACUCCAGAGGAAAAAAAAAAAAAAUCAGCAGCGGGAGAAGCCUCAGAAGCGGCGAUCCAACCAACAUGGCCCCCUCGGCUCGGCCCAGCAGCACCGGACUUGGGUUGGAAGACGAUGAGUCCUACUAUGGGAUUCAGAAAGCGGACAGGAAGACCAGGAAACCUCUGGUGGAGAAGAAGAGGCGAGCUCGCAUCAACGAGAGUUUGCAUGAGCUGCGGACUCUGCUGGCAGACACAGACUUUCACUCCAAGAUGGAGAACGCAGAGGUGCUGGAGAUGACGGUGAAGAAGGUGGAGGACAUCCUGAAGAACAGAAGCCAAGAAACAGACGCACUCAACCGAGAAGCCAGUGAGAGGUUUGCAGCCGGCUACAUCCAGUGCAUGCACGAGGUCCACAUGUUUGUGUCCAGCUGUCCUGGGAUAGAUGCGACGGUGGCGGCGGAGCUCCUCAACCACCUCCUGGAGUGUAUGCCCCUGAAUGAGGACCACCUCCAGGACGUGCUGAUGGAUCUAAUCACAGACACUUCUGGGAGCAACGGCAGCACUUGGCACGGAGGCGGCGAGUCCCUCUGCGCGACUCUGGCUUCACCUGGAGGAAGGAGUCUGUCCCUCGGCUCGUCCUCUGCCCUCUCCCCGGCCCCCUCCACUACGUCCAGCGAGGACCUGUGCUCCGACCUGGACGAAACCGACAGCGAGCACAACCAGAGCUCCACAGAGGGCAUGGAGAACAGGGAGGCCCUGAGCAUGCCCACCAUGACCUACCCUCGGUCCAUGUGGAGACCCUGGUAGAGGGCUGGAUGGGAUACAUUACAGCAGGGUUUGUGAGUGUCCAUUAAUGUUGUGAUACUCAGCUCUCCUGCUGAAUACAUAUAAGGGAAAAUUCCACCCUAUGAACACUUUCAAAAUAACAGUUUUUGGUGGUGUGCUUUGCAUUUCUGGACUCAUCUACCCCUGCAGAUAACUGGCCACAUGCAUGGAUUUUCCUCUGGACUCCCCGCAUUGAUAUUCAAUAAUAAAAUCUGUUCAAUAAGAGACAAAGCGACCAAUUACUGUCCUGACAGCUGCCUCAGUCGACCGCACAUCAGUCUGCAUUCAAGGAGGGACAAUGACUGUGGCUUCUCUCUUCACCCACAACUGAUGCAGCAAGUUCACAGCCGUUACCUGGAACUCUGGGAAAUGUAGGAAACCACUAAGUGAUGUAGCAUCAGGCAGUGCAAGUUAUAUGGAACAACAUUUCAUCAGAAAAACAUUCCUUGAGUGCUUUGGAUAUCACAGAAAAACGUGUAAAUCUGAGUGUUAAAAGGUGGACUUUUCCUUUUUCUCUUAUCAGAUGGGUCCCUCUGUUCAAGGGCCCCUCCAGCUUGGGGCCUUCCUGAAAGUAUUCCCCCUUUUCUUCUCAGUAGUGACACCCUGGCUUGUGAUUUUUUUCCCCUUACACCUGAAGAGACCGUCCCUCUCAACACACUUAUAACAAAAGGACCAGUUCAGGACGCUUACACUUCCUCUUUUGUCAAUAACUCUGUGUAUAUAGGAUUUUGUAUGAGGAGAAAAGCUCUUUUAGAAGAUUGGCAAUGCCUCUGAUUAAUAUAAAUAUUUCUAUUGUAUUUCAUAAAGGCCUGUAGUUUAUUGGACCAGUAGCCUCCUUCUGAAUGACCACUUUAUGUUGUAAUGAUGUUUAGAAAUGUU